UCCCAAGCACUGGGCAUCAUGAAAUAAGAGAGAAACACCAGACUGAGUCAAGGGUUUGACCAAAAGGUGGCAGGCUUUUCCAUAUCAAAGACGGUCCUUAAUUCUGAUUGGCUGUCUUUCCUGCUUGGGGGAAAAAAAGACCCUCAGGGGGGGAAAAGACAGAAGAGCAUCUUUUGCAGAGCAGGAAGAGCAGGAGGAAGAGAAGAGGAGGAGAAGUUCACAGCAUAUAUGUGAUGUGUGUGAAUGUGAAACGGCAGGGAAACUUGGCACUGCCAGGUGAGAGAGUGUGACGGGAUGAGGAGUAUGUUCAGCUUAGAUUUAUAGUGUCAUUGGAACACUGAAGCUCCACAAGUGGCAACAUGCUACGAACUCAAAUCUCAUUCUCCUGUCUGGUUGUGCUCGCCUGCUGCGGUUUCAUCUGCUCCACCCUGGCUCCCCCCAAGAUAUCUCUGUAUGCCAAAACUGAGGGCAGGUUGUUGAAUGAUCUCUUCCACAAAUACCAGAAAUGGGUGAGACCAGUGGAAACUCUGAAUGGGACAGUACGAGUUAAAUUUGGACUGGCCAUCUCUCAGCUGGUCGACGUGGAUGAGAAGAAUCAGCUGAUGACGACCAAUGUAUGGAUGAAACAGGAAUGGGUUGAUGCAAAGCUGCGAUGGGACCCUAAACACUACCUGGGUAUCACCUAUAUCAGAGUGCCAUCUGACUCUAUAUGGAUUCCAGACAUUGUGCUCUAUGACAAUGCCGAUGGGCAAUUUGAGGCCACGGCUACCAAAGCCGUAGUGAAGCAUGAUGGCACCAUCUCCUGGACGCCACCCGCUAACUACAAAUCAGCCUGCACUAUUGAUGUUACCUUCUUCCCCUUUGACCUUCAGAACUGCUCCAUGAAGUUUGGCUCAUGGACCUACGAUGGCUCACAGGUGGACAUAGUCUUGGAGGACUUCCAUGUGGACAAGCGAGACUACUUUGACAACGGUGAAUGGGAGAUUGUGACAGCUACAGGGAGCCGGGGUUUGAGGAUGGACACGACAGGCUCCUAUCCCUUUAUCACUUACUCCUUCAUCAUCCGGCGUCUCCCUCUCUUUUACACACUCUUCCUCAUCAUUCCCUGCAUUGGUCUGUCCGUCUUGACUGUGCUGGUCUUCUACCUGCCCUCUAACUGUGGAGAGAAAAUCUCUCUUUGCACUUCCGUUCUCGUCUCACUCACUGUGUUUCUCCUGGUGAUAGAGGAGAUCAUCCCGUCUUCCUCUAAGGUCAUCCCGCUUAUUGGCGAGUAUCUAGUCUUCACCAUGAUCUUUGUCACACUCUCCAUCAUCAUCACUGUCUUUGCCAUCAACAUUCACCAUCGCUCCUCGUCCACGCAUCAUGACAUGGCACCCUGGGUCCGCCGGGUCUUCCUGCACAGUCUUCCAAAGCUGCUUUGCAUGCGCAGCCAUGUGGACCGCUAUGCCACAACAGGCGGGAGUCAUCGAGCUGGAGGAACAGCAGCGCUAAACUGUGGGAAGGGCUUAAAACAAGACAGCAGCCUUCUGCUAAACUCAGCAGCACACAACCUUCAAGCAGCACUGGACUCUAUUCGAUACAUCACUCUGCAUGUGGUAAAGGAGAAUGAAGUCAGAGAGGUUGUUCAAGACUGGAAGUUUGUGGCUCAAGUUCUAGACCGUGUCUUCCUGUGGGUCUUCUUGUCAGUAUCUGUACUCGGUUCUGCUCUGCUCUUCAUCCCUGUCAUUUACAAAUGGGCCAAAAUCAUUGUUCCAAGCUAUGGAGAUAGCAGUAGGUAAGAUAGGAAACUUAAAGAUCUCUUAAUUCUGGAAAAAUUAAGCACAGGGAUUUAAAAAUAUUUUCUGUUUUCAUUAAGAUUGAUUGACCGAUCCACAUUAUAACUGAAAUCUAGCAUUAUAUCCACAUUAUAACUGAAAUCUAGCAUCACUAUAUUUAUUUACAAUGCAGCAUCUACAGUUCAAACACAGGUAACCAAAGAACAAGGGAUCCAAACACAGAUGCAUUAGUAGUGAUAAAAUGAAACCAAUUUUAUCUUUUCCCAUUUUUCACUAAGAUGACAGUCAAAAUUGGAAUCAUUUAUUUCUUUAACAUAUUGCACAUUGCUCUUCAUAUACAACAAAUAUUGUAUAUUAUAUUAUUAUUAUUAUUAUUAUUAUAAUUUUGGGAAAUAAUGCAGUUCAUAAAAACAUUUAGCAAAAUGCAAUGCUUGAGAUGCUUCUAUUAUAAAUUAUUAUAAUUAAUAAAUUAUUAAAAAAUUACUUAAAUGCACAAUUGAAAUUCUAUAUAUAAAUGUAAAUGAUUUUUACUCAUGUACUUCU